CCCAACUCACAUCACAUAUCCCUCAUGCACGAUUUGCGCCGAUCCUCUUCUUGGCCCUCAAAAAUCUCGCUUUGAGCAAUCACCCAACUCUCCUCUUCUUAGCCCAUCAACCUUGCAAAAUUCAUCUCCCUUGAACGAAAGCUCUUGCUACUGUUUAGUUGUUAGAAAAUGACUCAGUCUGAGGUUGUUGAUUAUUCUCUUGAUGAUGAGGAUGACGACAUCCUUGAUGCGUAUAUGACGAAUUUGGAAAAGAAUGAUGGUUCUGUUGAUGUUAACGUAGGCAAUGGACAUGGAGGGAAUGAGGAUGGUAGUGAUGGCAAUGGAGAUGAUUUCAGUGGUAGUGAUGGCAGUGAUGACAAUGUUGAACUUUAUGAUAGCGGAGAUGAUGGUCGCAGUGGUGCUUACGGCAUUGGUGGUGAUAUUGGCAGCGAUGAAGACCUCAAUUUGGAGUACGAAUCAGAGAAUGAGGACAUCUUGUUGUAUGAAGAUGAUAGUGAAGAUGGAAUUAGGAGACGUAGGGUAGCAAAUCCAAAGUUCAAUCCUAAGGUUACUUCAGAAGAGUCGAUAUUUGAACUUGGAAUGGAGUUUACCGAUCUAAAAGAGUUUAAGAAUGCUGUCAAGAGUUAUGCAGUUGAUGGUGGCUAUCAGAUACAAUUGGCGAGGAAUGAGAAGACAAGGUGCCAAGCAAAGUGCAAUGAGGGUUGCCCGUGGAUGAUAUGGUGUUCCCAAAUCAAAGGGGAGAGUACUUUUCAAAUCAAGACUUAUGUUAAAAGACAUAUGUGUAACAGAAGACUUGAAAACAGACAAGCUGAUAGCACGUGGUUAUCAAUGAGGUUGGUAGACAAGAUAAGGGGAGAACCAAAGAUAAGUGCUGCAGAUUUGGUGACAUAUGCAAAGGAACACAUGUCUCUGGCAAUUUCAAGGACACAUGCAUAUAGAGCAAAGAAGAAAGCCCUAGAAAUCAUUGAAGGGAAGCAUAAAGAACAAUACGGUAAGCUGAGAAGUUACAUGUCUGAGGUUCUAAGGACCAACAUUGGUAGCACAUGCAACUUACUAGCGAAUAGGGAUAGACCAGAGGACCCUGCAGUUUUCAAGCGGGUGUAUAUUUGCUUGGCUCCCUUGAAAAGUGGAUUCCUUGCAGGAUGUAGGCCUUUAAUUGGUCUAGACGGGUGUUUUUUGAAAACAAUUUAUGGUGGUCAAUUACUUACUGCAGUGGCACAUGACGGCGCUAAUGGGAUUUUUCCCAUAGCAUGGGCGGUUGUUGAAAGGGAGAAUGGAGAUUCAUGGGAAUGGUUCUUAAGAAAGCUAUUACUGGAUAUUGGAGGGUUUGAUAGAAGGAGAUAGUGCUUCAUUUCUGAUAGGCAAAAGGGUUUGGUGUCAACCAUUGACAAGCUCGAAAGAGAAAUGGGCCAUGGUAUAGAGCACAGAUUCUGUGUAAGGCAUAUUUAUGCCAACUUCAGUAAAAAUUGGCCAGGAGCUCAAUAUAGGAAAUUGGUCUUUACUUGCGCAAAGGCUACAACAAUGCAAGAGUUCCUAUCACAGAUGCAGAAGGUGAAAGAGUUAGAUGAGGGGGCUUGGAAGUAUUUGAAUGAUAUCAUUCCGUGUUUGUGGACUAGGGCAACUUUCUCCACAUUCAGCAAGAACGACUCCAUUGUGAAUAACAUGUCAGAGAGCUUUAAUGCUAAGAUAGUUCAAAUCAGAGGCAAACCAAUUAUCACAAUGUUAGAAGAGUUAAGGGCCGAUGCAAUGGAUAGGCAUGUUAGACUGCGGAUAGAGAUGGAGAGGAAAGAAGGGAAACUCGUUCCAGUAGUGCAUGAUAGAUUAGUAAAAGAGUUCAAGAAAAGUAGGUUGUGGACAGCAAAAUGGUCAGGGGAUUCAGAACAGUCAGUGUUUCAGGUUAGCAAAAAACCAGAGCAAUACAUUGUCAAUGUGAAACAAGCAUCAUGUACAUGUAAGUCAUGGGACUUGUCUGGCAUACCAUGCACUCAUGCUGUGGCUGCGAUUGGAUGGCUUCACAAAGAUCCGGAAGACUAUGUGCAUCAAGCAUAUACAAGGGAAACAUAUUUUAGGGUGUACCAACACAACGUGGAACCAACAAAUGGAGAGAACUUAUGGAUUGCUACUGGUGGUGAUACCAUCAUACCUCCUCCAAUGAAAGUACUACUUGGAAGACCAACGAAAAAAGAGAAGGAGAGAACAUGAUGAGCCUAAGACAAGCAGUCGACUGAGAAGAAGGUAUCCAAAGAUAAAAUGUGGUAAAUGUGGAGAAGUAGGUCACAAUAGAAGAGGAUGUCAUAAUCCUGCAAUAUCUGAGCAUGCCAAUGUGAAUGUUAACGCUGAAAUGGAAAGCGCUGCUGGAAGAGGGGGUGUUAGGGGCAGGGGUCAUGGUAGAGAUGGUAGAAGGGUUGGUCCAAUGAGAGGGGGUGGCAGUGGUAGGGGUUCUACUACAUCUACUGCAGCAUUUGAUGGAUCAACCAGCCCUGGAAAAAGGACAAAAUCGAAUGCUAGGAGGAUGCCAAACAUUGUUUCUACAAUUCAGGGUGCAACUAGCAGCUCUAGGUACACCGCCAUGUUAAAUGCAACUCAAGAGUCCGUCACAAGAGCAAGGAAGUAGUCAUAAUGUUAGGGUCGUGCUAACUAGAUUAGUAGAUGUUUUGGAACUGGAUAUUUUUGCAUCUGCCUAUGUAUUUGCAGCUGGUUAUCUUUUCAACAAAAUGAUGCUUUUGUUUUUUGUUGUUUUGAAUUGGUGCUUCAUAGGCAUGGUGGAAGAGUAUGUUUUGGUUUAGAAAUUCUUCCGCCUAUUUUGGUUUAGAAUUAGAAAUUGUAGGUGUUUAUGUAAAUAUUCAAAUUUGGAAUGAAUUUGAUCUUUUUAGUGACUAAUAUAGAAGUUUGUUACGUUUCUGUACA